AGAACAUUGUGUGAGGAAAUGCGUGCGGUCACAGUCAGUUGUUUGUCGUGCAGCUCGUUCAGUUGCACGAGUUUGAAGCGGCACUCAAACUCUGAUUGGUCUGCAGUUCAGACAGGAAGUUCAGACUUUAACAGCGAGCAGAACUUUGGACCCGGUGACUCCAGAUGCUCAGCCGCAGUCUUCUAGGUGUAAAGUGAAACAAGGAACAGUAAAGACACAAUGUCUGGACCUCCUCCUCCACCUCCUCCUGGACCUCCUCCAACCUUUUCAGUGGCAAACACAGAAAAGCCAGCUUUGAACAAAUCUCAGCAGCAGGGAAGAAAUGCUUUACUGUCAGAUAUCGGUAAAGGGGCUCGACUCAAGAAAGCAGUCACCAAUGAUCGCAGCGCACCAGUAAUAGACAAACCUAAAGGUGGAGGAGGUGGAGGAGGAGGGGGCGGGUUUGGAGGCGGAUCUUCAGGUGGAAUGGGCGGCCUUUUUCAGGGUGGAAUGCCGAGGCUAAAAUCAUCAGGGGGCAGUAAUGCCAGACCCCCGAUGCCACCCACAGGCGGGAGAUUCCCAGCACCCAGUAACUCAGGUGGAAACAGACCCCCAGUCCCAAGCGCCGGACGACCUUCACCUGGGAGGUCUGGACCUCCACCUGUACCUUCCUCUGCACGUCCGACACAGCAAAGCUCUCCUAGCGGCCCACCACCUCUGCCUGGUGGAGGUCGACCGCCAAUCCACUCACCUUCCACGCAGCCCCCCAGCCAACCAGGCAGACGCCCCAGCUUUCCUCCUCCCCCGAAGGAAUCUUCCUUCCCUCCACCUCCUACGCCCAGUAGUGGCCGGCCGCCAUUACCAUCGAUGUCUAGCAGGUCCUCAGAUGACUUCCCUCCUCCUCCACCACCCUCAGGAGGACAUAGAGCGUCUUUCUCUCGAGAUGGAUUUCCACCACCACCGCCACCAUCAACAGAAAAUAAACCAGCAUCUCCGCAAAAACCUCUGGGUAAUGCACCUCCUUCUUUACCACCAGGAAGAGGGGGCCUGCCACCCAUGCCCCCAUCACAGCGAGAGGAGCCGGUCUCUAGAGGUCCUUCAAGAAACAGCCUUCCUCCUCCACCUCCACCUGGACGCUCCAGCCCUUUACCCCCUCCACCCAAUGACACGCGAAGGAAUUCAACUGUACGAUCAGGUCCUCUUCCACCUCCACCCACAGGAGCAGGAAACAGAGGCGGAGCUUCUCCUUCUGCACCACCUCCUAGUCGCCCCGGUGGACCAGGCAGACCCACUCCACCUCCAGACCGUCCUGGAGCGUCAGGGUUCCCUCCCCCACCUCCAGAUCGUCCUGGAGCGACAGGGUUCCCUGCUCCACCUCCAGAUCGUCCUGGAGCAGCAGGGUUCCCUCCUCCACCUCCAGGCCGUCCUGGAGCAGCAGGGCUCCCUCCACCACCUACAGAUCGUCCUGGAGCAGCAGGGUUCCCUCCUCCACCUCCAGGCCGCCCUGGAGCAUCAAGCUUCCCUCCUCCACCUCCCUCUGAUAUGAACGGAUUCCCGUGUCCUCCUCCACCUGCCACAGAUGAAUGGGGAAUGAGGUUUUCAUUCCAUCCGCUGUCUGAAUUGCCUCCACCAGAGCAAUUUGCCCCCUUCCCCAAAUCUUACCCAAGCAAGGCUGGAAGCAAAGGGGUGAGAGACAGAGGUGCACCACCUUUACCACCAAUUCCUAGAUGAGAGUUGCUUAAUGAUGCUGCAAUUUUAUUAUUGUUCACAUUUACUGAAGGUCUAAUGUGAGCUGGAUGUUUCUCUGCUAAACAGGUUUUUUAGUUAUUUCCAAAACAAUAAGUUUCAUCCAUUUGAUUAUGAUCCAAAUCCUCACAGAAUAAAAUUUACAUUUUAAUGCAAUAAAGUGCAUCCUGUUAUUAUCUUGUACAUUGAGGGUUUCAACUUAAGCCAAGCAAUUUUCUUCUGUGAAAUUAACAGACAUCCUUCAGGAUAUUAAAAUGAAAUGUGUACAGUAAUGAUCACCACCAAAGAUGACUUCUUUCAGCAGGUUCAGCUAUGUGUAAGUUCUGAUAUUCUAAAUGUGAAGUGUCGUAUAUGAGGCACAAUGUUUUGUUCCUAUUGAAUGUUUCCACUAUAGAGGAAUGACAAUAAAGCUCACUUGAACUUA